AUGUCCGGAAAGAACGUAAUCGUGAUCGUCAUCGGCGAAACGGGCGUCGGUAAAAGUUCACUCAUCAACUCCAUUGCUGGAGGAAGGCCGAACUACGCUCAGGUUAACGAUUCGAUCGUGCUGACGACACAAGAAGUAGAGGCCUACACCCUCGACCCCUGGCGCCCCGGCUCCACGCUCACCCUCGUCGACACACCGGGUUUCAACAAUGGUACCAUAUCUGACCAUACGAUAUGGCAACAGAUCGACCGAUGGAUGAGGAACCAAGACAAAAAUGCGCUGUUGGGUGGUAUACUCUGCAUCCACGAUAUCUCGCAACUACGACCUCGGUUAAGCGGCGUCCUGAAAUCCGUUCCGCGGGCAUCCCUUCGGCCCUUCCUUCACGUUUCGUUCACCACUGGCAUACCCAUUACCAGGGAGAAGUUUCGGACCAACGUGGACUCACUUAUUGGGAGUGUGGUUGGAGAGGGCCUCCUCGAGGCGUCGCAGUUUGACCGUGAGUUUGGCCAACUUGUCUCAGGAAGGCCGCCCGAAUCGCUUAAGGGGAUGGUGGAGGAUUUAUUGAAGGGCCCUCCGCAACCGAUAUCGUCCAUCCUCUAUCCAUCAUUGAUCCUUGUCCUCGGUGAAACGGGCGUUGGAAAAAGUACAUUUAUCAACAAUGUCCUGGGCCAGCCGGAACUCGCAUCUGUAAGCCAUGGCAUGGAUUCCGGAACCUCCGAAAUCCAAAAAUACACCUACAUACAUCCGGCUUCUGGGAGGAGCGUAGUGUUCGUUGAUACACCUGGCUUCAACGAUGCUUAUAUCAAGGAUAUCAAGACGUUGCAGAAUAUUCGCAAGUUUUUGCGAAAACCGUCCGUAUCUGUUUCUCGCAUUUUGGCUCUAGUCAACUUCGACAAAUUCCUUCUGGAAUUCGAUAAAUACGUUCUGGGUGGUAUAAUAUACCUCCACGACAUCGGACAGAACCGCCUCAGACGAUCCCCAUCGAACCCAAUGUCGCCCUCGUCCCUCUCCACCAGUACACUCGCACCACUCGUUCACAUCGCGUUUACAGCAUCCAAGAGGAUCUCCGAGGCUACUUUCCAAAAGAACGUACGAGAGUUGAGAGAAGACUCUUUGUCUAAGUUGUUGGUCCACGGAGCGAAGAUUUGCACGAGGGGUGUGGGGGAUAUGUUGACUGCUGAUGAUGAUUUGGGGGAUGGGGGAACGACCACCACGGCGGGAGCGGGUAGGAAAGGGAGAGCGGCUAGAUUGGUGGACGAGGUGUUGAACGAGCGGCCGAUGUCGAUUGUGGAUAUGAGGCGCGAGUUUAGACAGGUUGGGGAGAGCGUGGGUGGCGAGGCGGGUUGGCAUCCGCUGAAGGCCCUGACAUGGCUGUGUUGGAUUCGACCCUAG